UAUCGUGAACGCGCGGCGCGUCUCUCAGUGCGGACAUUGUGACUGUGUGCUGUCGAUCACUCCACUCGUAUGUUUUGAUUCCUGAAAGUUACUGUCAGUGGACUAGCUGUAAAAUGUCCACUGUAACGCAGCCUGCAAAUGACCCGUAUGUUUUUCGUCGACGUGAAUUUGAAGAGCUUCUGCCAGAAAACCAGAUAAGAUGGCAUACUCCUCAACAUGUCAACGGUGCAGGGCAGAUACACCACCAGCGACACCUGCUUGAAGGCAGCCGGACACAACCUCCACCCCCCAGUGAUCCCAGCAGCAGAUGGCCCCAUGUAGACGACCCAACCACCAGAGAGCCUCAGAUGGACGACUGUGAGCGGAUGGGAACUCUGUUUGGGAUGCUCAACAAAGGUCUGCGGGGGAUGGGCUUCAACCAGAUGUACUUUGGGGACAAGAUAGUGGAACCGGUAGUGAUUGUAUUCUUCUGGCUGCUGCUCUGGUUCCUGGGGAUCCAGACCCUGGGACUGGUGGGAACUCUGUGCAUCAUCAUCAUCUACAUUCAGAAGUAACGAGAGAGUGGAGCCUGCUGUUUUUUUUGUUUGAUGCUUACAUUUCAUGCUAAUGGUUGUUUGGAUUAGAAUCUGCAGUGGAUCUGUGCUUUUAGAGGAGGCAGCUCCUUAGUGAUGGUGGUUUAGCAGCUUUCGACAAGUGGUUUAAAGCGGGUUCAGUGUUUCAGAGUAACUCAUUAGCUGGGUCCAUUCCUCAGGAUUGUCUUCUCCCACAGCAACAGGAGUGGUGGUGUCCUGCUGCUUCUGCUGGUAUCUUGAUGUAAUGGUAUUGAUGAGCUGAUUUAAAGGAACAGGAAGACAUUGUGGGAAAACGUUUUGUUUCUGUUUGAAUCAGAGGCGACAGAGUGAAGACCAAGAAUCCCAGCACUGAGGAAACACAGCUGCACACAUCUGAGGAUUGUUUUCCUUAUAAAGAUUAGAGAUAUUUACGAUCAUACAGUAUGUAAAUAUGGUGGGUAUGUGCAGACGUAAAAUGACUCCAAUAAUCGAUCAGAAUCCGUGUCUGAAUGGAAACUGACAUUUUGUGAAAUCUUUAUGCUUUAAAAUGUUUACUUUGUGAUGGAUAUCAUUUUGUAGAGGGAUAACCAGGAAUGGCCACAUUAACGGGUCCAGAAUGAAUGAAAAUGGGUUCUAUGGAUUCCCACAAAUCUCCCAUUUGACUUGCCCGCUUUAUGAUAAUCCCAUGCAGUUUUUUGCAUGCAGUAUAAAUUGCAUUUGAAUAUUUAUGAAUGCCUUGGUAGGUAUACAUAUCUGUAUACCAUGUGCUGUUGUGAGCUCGAGGGUAAUCACAGUCUCUUGAGACUUUACAACCACAAACAACAGACUGAGGGCUUCCAGAGAAUGUAUGUUUCAUAGGUUUAUUGACAUUAAGGGGGUUUGGGAGCAGUUUCUAGUACAGAAGUGCUCGCCAUCAACACGCCGGAAAAAUGCAAUUUUUGCAGAAAUCUCCAAACGUCAAAGGGUUUUGAUACCAAAUCACAGCAUGAAUCUUUCUAUGGUGUUCCUCAAGGUGGUGUUUGGGAUGUUUGACCAUUUUUAUGAAUUCUCGAGUGGUCAGAAAUGGUGUAUGGAAAACUUUCAGAAACUUUCACAUUUUAAUAGGCGCCUUACCAAAACACUGUUUAUUAUAGAUUUAUGAGCUGAGAAACUUCAGAUGAUGUACACCACUUCUGUGUAGCAUAUGAUGUUGGCUUUCUAUCGCCUCCUAAAGAGUCCCUGUCCACCCCAAAAAUGGGUCUACAUGUGGAUCCCUCAGGGUUAAAAUGGUAAAUUACAAAAAAAACCUCACAAAUUUACCAGAAACAAACUUGAAUAUUAUCUAAGAUUAUCGUCAUAAACAUGAUCAUUGCUCAGAAUCACAAUAUUAACAUAAGCAUGUCUCCUGUCCAUGUUCCAUACAGUUGCAGCUCCUCACAAACGUGUACAUUUGUACCAAAGGUCAAACUUUAAUCUUGGAAUAUUCCCCGGCUCAGAUUUAUUAUAUUUUUUACCUACAAUGGCUCUAAAAUAUUAAUUUAUUUCAAGGGAACUGACAAAAAUGUAAAGUAUGUUGUUGAUUCCUCACAUGCAUGGAAAUAGAAAUUGGGAUAGAAAUGUUCUUUUGUUUUAGAAACUAAAUGUGUUCAAUAGAUACAAUACACCCUAUAUGUUCCUGAUCGUGAUACAUAGUGAACAACAAAUCAGUGUUGGAAUAGUUAAAGUUAGCUUUUAGCUAACGUGCCAUAGAGUUUUGUUACGAUGCGUUCAAGCUCUUUCAGUAAAUAUUACUAUUGGGUGAAGGUAAAUUAUUAUGUUAUAAUGAUGUGUUCAUAUGCAUUACAUUUCAUAUUCCAGAGGGAAUUAUGACCUGUUUACUUUAUAACAAAAAAACAGUAUGCAAACCGUAAUAAAGGAGUUUAUGUUAAAGUACAUGGGAUUUAUUGUUUCUUCUAGUUUAUUACCUGAGUAUCGAGAAUCGUGGAAUUUCACUGUUCUUAGUAUCGAAUACUAUAUUUCUGGUAAUGUGACGUUCCUUACCUGUCGGACUGUUUUAGUUGAGUACAGUUAACACAAAAUGUCUCUUUUUAUUCAUCAUAUCUGAUUGUCAUCAUAGUCAAAAUCUUCUGAGGUGUAUAUAUGUUGGUUUGACACAAUAAGCUUUGCUCACCUGGAUGGAUGUAGGACGUUGGUGGACAGACGUUUUCAGGUCUCCAGAGAUUUUCUGACCCUGUGUCUCGUAUGAAUAAUGUUUUAUUUGUUUAUUGAUUGAGUUCAAGUCUGGAGGAGAUUCAGAGUUAAAGCCCCUCCUGCGUUGUCUGGCCGGUGCUUUGGGUCACCCCAGUCUUUUUAAUACAUUUGUACAGAUCCUGUUUUAGCUUAAUCAUUAUGCAGCAUUGUGUGUAGAUUUAUGAGGGGGACAUGAAUUAUAAAUGAUUUUAGCAUAAGACUGCAACAUAACAAAAUGUGGAAAUAGUGAAGGGGUCUGAACAUCAUUUUGCUUCCCUACAUUUCUUUCCAUCUAAUACAAAAUAGUUGCAUUUGAAUGUAGAGUAAUUUUGUGGGGAAGUGGCUGAUACACAAGUGGAAGGAAGACAAAUCAAACUGAUUACAGCAACUCGUCUCACCACUGAAUAUCAGCACGGGACUAUCUAAAGGUGCAUUUUUGUUUGAUCUUGAAUUUUUCAGAUAAACUCAGGUAGUUUUUACUGUUGGACAUGUUUUACUCUUGUAUUCAUUUCAUUAUGUUGAAUGUGCAGAUGUCCAGGUUAACUGACCACACACUGUUGUAGAAGAACUGAACUGGAGUCAGCAACACAAGUUUUCCAGUGAUGCAUGUUCACCACUGACUUGCUGUAGACGUGCUGCAUUUGUCCUUGUUUUAAGAAAUUCUAACUAUUUUGAAUGUAAACUAUUGUUUAUAAGGUGUUGGCACUGAGUUUUCUGCAUACCUACAAAAAAAAUGAAAUCAAAAUGUUUUGCAAGGUCUAUGAUUAAAAACAACCAUUCUUAAAAAUG